UUUUGGUCCAGACUCAUCAGUUUGCAGUCAGCUAGCCAAGUGUAAACAGCAAUUCCUUCGGUUGAGUUUACUAAUUCGGUGUUAGAAAAAUCAAGAGACUUUUUGGCGUUUACACUCUGUGCGUGUGUACCUCGAGAAGAUUGUGCAAAAUCAUGUCCGUGAAAUCGGUUGCGCCACCGCAAACCUACUCGCGCCUGUUCCGGCCGUGGGAUGCAACCGAGGGCAAGGAUAGUCUCAGUCCAAGCCCCAGCCCCAGCAAGGAUAGUGACUGUGAGAGUGAUAGAGUGAUUAAGAGUGAACCUUGUGAUAUGGCUAUUCGUGCCCGGCUGGAGCUGGAUAGUCCGGUUUCUUCGGAACCAAAAUCGCCCGCCUACAGUCCAUCGAAGCUGCCGCUGGUUGGUACGCCAGAAAUGGACCCUAGCAGUGCAUUCCUGAAUCACCAAGCGGAUUUAGCGUCGUACUAUUACUACUACAACAACCAGCAGAAACUGGGAGUAGAUCUUCUUCCGCCAAGUUUCAACUUCACCGGACUGCCAAUCGAUCCGAUCACUUACGAACAAAUGGAACAGGAAUACUUACGCGUUCUGAGCGAGGAUGCCAAAGCGAAGUUGCUGAGUAGUCGUAAGCAACGGCCGAAAAAGUUUAAGUGCCCCCAUUGCGAUGUCGCCUUCUCCAACAACGGCCAACUGAAGGGUCACAUCCGUAUCCAUACCGGCGAGCGACCAUUCAAGUGCGACGAACCGAGCUGCGGAAAGACCUUCACCCGGAACGAAGAACUGACGCGCCACAAGCGCAUCCACACCGGGAUCCGUCCGUAUGCGUGUCAAACCUGCGGCAAAAAGUUCGGCCGACGGGACCACCUGAAGAAACACACGAAGACGCACAUGCCCCAGGAACGGUACACCUACGGGUUGGCCCCGGCGGCCAUGCUGAUGCCGAUGUACUCGGCCGCAGCGCACCUUUACGGAUAUUGAGGGUAUCGCUAUCGGCAUUGGAGACAGCCGGGCAGGCAGGAGAGCUGUAAAUAAAGCGUGUAUUGUUGAGUGAUGAACUCUCGGGACCAGUGAAUAGUAGUUUUUAGAUGGAGUCUAUUUAGUGGCGGGACUGAAUUUUCGACCCGUGUAUUUUUUGAUAAAACACUGUUUAUAUAGUUUUAAGGAUUUAAGAGAAAAUAUAAAACAAUUUCUUACUGCGAA